UGCAGGUCACCUUUUGGCUCUCUGUGCCAAAGAUUUUGAAUCCUCCCCUACUUCUUUGAGAGCACCAGCAUCUGUGGCUCUUGGUCAUCUGGCAGGAACGGUGCCUCAGCCUCGAGGCGCUGACCAUCUCCCCUGCAUUCUGAUUCCUCUCCUUCGGCCUCUGCAACUCGUGGAAGAGGAAUGAAACAGGAUUAGAAUCCACUGGUGGGUCAGGGACUGGUGAUGCUGUUCCCCAGCCUCCCAGAGGACGCCUGAGCGUGGCGUUGCCGUAGCGACGGCUCCUGCUUCUCCUUAGAUAAGACGGGCAAGAGCGUCAGCUGCAGCCCCAGACCGUCCAGUGAGCCUCGACGCCAAACCGCACCUUCCUCACCACCUCGCACCGCUUUUAUCUUCAAAGAAGGAGAAAAGCCUAUUUCAAUGAUGUCAACAGAAUGUGUUCAGCCACUUGAUAUGCCAGAUGACAGACUGGAUAAGCGAGAUUCACAGUGUAACCAUUUAGAAGAUCUUUCAGAGCAGCUGAUUAAGAGCUGUGACCUCAAAAAAAUCCCAAGAAAAGGUAAAACCAUCCUAGUUUCCCAAAACGCUGAACAGGAGCAAAAAAAGCCAAGGAGAAAAGAUACACCAGCUUUGCACACUCCACCACCUCUAACAGGCAUACUUUCAGACUUUUCUGAUAAUAUGCUGAAAAGGUAUGGUAUCACAGAGAAGCCACAGAGAGAGAGAGUGAGUCCAGUCUCUCAGAUCACUGAACUGGAGCAGAAAAAGCCCAGAAGAAAAGAUACACCUGCAGUACACAUCCCACCUUUGAUAAUAGGCACUAAGCUGUUUACAGAAGAACAAACAGUGAUUAUGGAAGACGAAGAAAAGGAUGGCGACACAAUCCACAGUUAAGAUUACAGUGAUAUUUCCAAUAAUGCAGUGUAAAUAAUUCUGGGUCAUUCAAAGUGGCAGCACAUAGAAAAGAAAGUUCUUUCAUUUUUAUAAAU